AUGGAGAAUAGUUUUUCUGAUACUAGAUCGUCUAAACCAGUGAAACAAUGUCUAAAGGCUCGGGCUUGUGAUGAGCAAGAGCUUGUCAAGUAUAUGUCGAAGCUACCUGUUUUCUUGGAGCGAGCUGAGACUCCUCAAGAAAAGCUCUUGAACGUUGGUGUUCUUGACUGGGGUCGCUUGGAGGAAUGGCAGCAUAGUCAUAACCGAGUUCCAGUGAAGAGUAGAUUCCCUUCAUUGGCUCUGUCUAGAGAUGAGUCAUCUGCUGGUCCUAGCAAUGUGCAUAACCGUACUUCAGCUUCUCGAAUGAACCAUCGUAGCUCACGGCAUUUGAAUUCUGGUGAAGAAACUGUAAAGGACUGUCGAGAGAGCAAAGGUACACGGAAAAAGAAGCUUAGAGAUCGUAGAUGUUUCAGUGUACAAGAUGAGCAGAAGGAACCGAAAGAGAAGAUCUGCCGAAAAGAUGGAGGUUUGUCAAAUGGAUUGAAUCCAGAGGCUGGCUUGAGCAUGGAGGUAAACUCUAAGGCUGAUGGUAAUAGACAUAAGAAGAGUGAAAAGAAGUUGCGCGAGAGGAACCGAGAUGAUCAUGAUGGAGAACUUGGUCAAAAGCAGCAGAGGGAAUCCAAGCUCUAUCACUCAACUAAGAAGCUAGCUAGAGAAGAGGCUAAGACCUGCAAGAGGAGUUCGACUAAAAAAGUUCAGGCUGUUCGUGGUGCUGAAGUAGAUUACUGUACUCAACAUUCUUGCCCCUUGCCAUGUAAAGCUGAUGACUGCUUGGCAAAGAGUAAAAUUGGCUCCACUGAUGCUCAGUGCGUGUCACUCUCAGAUAAAGCAAGUAAUAAUACAUAUUCCGGAGGUAAAAUCACCGAAGACAGAGCAUCAUCUUUGCUACCUGUGAAACAUUGUAUGGAUGAGCCUGUCCAGAGAGAAGAUUCAAAGUUGCAUAAAGCGGUGGCAUCUGAAAAGGGAAAGAGUAUAUCGUCUUUUCAGCGGCUUAGCUUUAGUAUGGGUAAGGCCAGCAAAACUAACAGUGACGGAGUUGCUGCUCCCACAACCCAGCAAGACUCAAUGGCUAACUCCACAAAGAUGGGUUCACAAAAUGUGGCUAUAUCAUCUGGCGUUGACGGCUCAGACUGCAACAAAUCCAGUGAAAAAGAUACAACCACGACAAGCCAUUUAAGAAGGUUUCUAGAGCCACUACUGAAGCCAAGGGCAAGUCACUCUGGCAAUUCCGUGGAAGGGCUUAGAGGUCAAGGCGUGCAAAGAAUAAAAUUGGGUAUCUCAGGUUGCAAAACGGUAAACGUGAAUGAUUCAGCUCACCAGAAGAAGCUAGGAUCAUCCAUGGUUCGAGCUGUUCUGCGGGUAACGGUUAAGAACAACCAGCCACUCUUUACGUUUGCAGUGAACAAAGCAAGCGACAUUAUUGCGGCCACACAGAAGAAAAUGGGAAGCUCGGAAGAGGGUGAAUGUACCAGUGUUUACACGUUCUUCUCUAUCAAAGACCAUAAGAGAAACAGUGCGUGGCUAAACCAAAGAGGCAGAGGCCAAACACACGGUUUCAUCUCCAACGUUGUUGCUCAGAUGCGAGUCUCGAGCUCUUUGCCGUCUGGUUCCAUCAGAGAGUUUGUUCUCUUCUCUGUAGAACUUGAUCAGGAGAGCACGGAAAAGUCUGACCUGCAGUUGAAAAACGAGCUAGCUGCGAUCAUCGUGAAGAUGCCAAGAUGGUAUCACAAUGCAGUCAAUAAAGAGCUUGACAGGUUUUUUGACCAAGACAUUAGUGCUACGGUCAUACUUCAAAGCGGCGUUCAUAGUAUGCCUCAGAAAGGAGGGCCGUCGUCUUUGAUCCAGCGAUGGAGAACAGGUGGAUCUUGCGAUUGUGGAGGCUGGGACAUGGGCUGCAAUCUCAGGAUUCUCACGAAUCAGCACAACUUAUCCUCCAAGAACUCGACAACAUCAAACUCACCACCCUCUUCAAACACAUUCGAGCUUUUCUUUCUGGGAGAAGAAGCGGAAGAACAUCCAUUCUUGAGCUUUAAACCGAUCAAGGAAGGGAUAUAUUAUGUUGUGUAUGAGUCAUCCCUUUCACAACUACAAGCUUUCUCCAUUUGUAUGGCACUUGCAGAGAGUAAGAAAAUGUCAGAGAACAUAAAGCUAGAGCGGAAAGUGUGUUAG